CAAAAGAACCUUCAAUUCAAACUAAUAAAGCAUAUACCCUUUUCAAAUUUCAUUCACACGGCAUAAACACGUGGCCAAAUCUAUAAACUUAACCAAUUUACACGACUCGCACGUGUGUCCCACACCACCUCACAUUUCUCUCCUUCUCUCUCCAUCAUUCCGAACCAACCGUAUCUAACCAGAAACUGAAUAGAAAAAAAAAACUCAAAAAACUCUCUUUUCUGUCUAUCCAAAAACAAAAAAAUCCACCCAAAUCGUCCAUAACAGAAAAAAAAAACUGAAUUUUGCGAGCUAACCGUUUCAUCUCAAACCUUAUAUUCACCAAUUCCAGCUUCAAUUUUUGAUUCAUUCUCCUUGCCAUUAUUAGCGUUCGGUCUCUGGUAACCAUAACAAUGCCGGAGAUCGAACACGCGCCGGAAGUAACCGCCCUUUUUGGAAAAUACGAAUUGGGAAGAGUCGUUGGAUGCGGCGCGUUCGCUAAAGUUCACUACGCGCGUAAUAUACAAACGGGACAAGGCGUAGCGGUUAAGAUUAUCAACAAAAAGAAACUCUCCGGUACCGGUCUCACCGGAAACGUGAAACGUGAAAUCACGAUCAUGAGUCGUCUUCAUCACCCUCACAUCGUUCGUCUCCACGAAGUUUUAGCCACCAAGACGAAAAUCUUCGUCAUCAUGGAUUUCGUUCGUGGUGGUGAGCUUUUCGCGAAGAUCUCAAAGGGGAGAUUCAGUGAAGAUCUCAGCCGUCGGUAUUUUCAUCAAUUAAUCUCCGCCGUUGGGUAUUGUCACUCGCGUGGCAUUUUUCAUCGUGAUCUUAAACCGGAGAAUCUUCUGUUGGAUGAGAAUGGGAAAUUAAAGGUUUCGGAUUUCGGGUUAAGCGCGGUUACGGAUCAGAUCCGACCCGAUGGGUUGCUUCAUACACUUUGUGGGACACCUGCUUACGUGGCACCGGAGAUUCUCGCUAAGAGAGGAUACGACGGGGCUAAGGUUGAUGUUUGGUCGUGCGGUGUUGUUUUGUUUGUUCUUGCUGCUGGGUAUCUUCCGUUUAAUGAUCAGAAUUUAAUGGUGAUGUAUCGGAAAAUCUAUAAAGGUGAAUUCCGCUGUCCGCGAUGGAUUUCACCGGAUCUUCGGCGGUUUUUGUCAAAGUUGCUUGAUACGAACCCGGAAACCCGGAUCACCGUCGAGGAAAUGACCCGGGAUCCGUGGUUUAGAAAAGGGUACAAGGAGGUAAAGUUUCAUGAAGAGGAUUAUGGGUCUGAUCACGGGCACGGAGUUGGAAUCGGAUGUAAGGGUGAUGGGUCGGAGGUGUUGAAUUUGAAUGCUUUUGAUAUCAUAUCGUUUUCUUCUGGUUUGGAUUUAUCUGGGUUGUUCGGAGAAUUCGAUGGGGCGGAGAGGUUUGUUUUGAGUGAGUCGCCGGAGAGGAUAAUUGAGGUGGCGGAGGAAGUUGGAGCGGCGGAGGGAAUGGGUGUGAGAUGGAAGAAGGAAUGUGGGGUUGAGUUGGAAGGGUUGAAUGGUAAUUUUGGAAUUGAGAUUGAGGUUUACCGGUUAACGGCGGAGAUGGCGAUGGUUGAGGUUAGAAGGAGAGGAAAUGAUGCGGCGGCGUUUAGUGAUUUGUGGGAUGUUAAGCUUAAGCCUCAGUUGCUUUCAGGCGGUGCAACGACGUCGUAUCAGCAUGAAAGUGAACCUGAAUCACCGGUUGUCAGUGACUGACAUUAAAUGGAUUACAAAAAUGGGGUUUAUUUAAACUCAAGUUCCAAAAGUGUACAAAGUAAAUAAAGAAAAGAAAAAAAAAAUGCAUAGGAAUGAAAAAAUGUUGAUGCCAAAAGAUGAGGAUUGGUGGAGUAGGAUAAAGGAUCUUGGUCGGAUAGACAUGGAAGAUUCAAUGUAGUGAUUAUUUUAUGUAAUCUUUGAUUUGAUGAAUGUUUUCGUUGUGUACAUUAUUAAAUAUUAAAUAUAAAUAUUUAAGGUUUUUGUUUGUU